AAAUGUAUUUUGGGCCUAUUGUACAAGCCCAAAUUAUUAUUAAAGAAAAAAAGAAAACCUAAAUUCUUUCGCCUUGUACAAGCCCAAAUUAUUCAUUAGCGCCCCCACGUAUUUUUUUUUCUUCUUCUUCUUUACCACUACCAGCCACUGCCCACUAUUGUUUCACCGUUACCCACGUCAAUGAUUCUCCCUUUUUUUUUUUUUUUUCAUUUGUAAUUAUCCAUUUCUCUUACCAGCAUAUAGUAUCCAUAUGCCGCGCCCAUCUCCGUAGCGGGGCGGCCCACAGCCUGCACCUAGUCUCCCUUGCACCCCGAUAACUUCAGCCUUAGACCAGCCUUCACGCCUGCACCGACUCCAGCACGCGACGCCCGUGUCAAGCCUGUGCCUUAGCGCCGCACGCUUGCUGCCUGCAGCCCCUCACCGUAGCACGCCCGCACCCUACACCCAACUACCGCCAAGUUCGACACAUAUUUCGGCGUGUCUCAAGUGUUAAAAUGUCAGACAUGGAUAAGACACGAGUAUGUGGGGGGGUUCAGAAGUGUCCGUGCUUCAUAGUUGCUGGGUAUGCUCACUGAUUUUCAAUGUUUUGGAAAUACAGCUGAUUUGCCUGAAAACCCAGCAUCCUCUGCAUCAAUCCCUCUCUUCCUGGUGCCACUGCUGGUGGAUCUUUUUGUCCCCUUCUCACCGCAGCUUUGCAUCUUAAAAGAUCUAGCCAUCCAGCAGACACUGCUUGUGCGCUGUGUUACCGAUAUAAUUUAUAGUCAAUUAUUCACAUCUCUGUUACCCUUGAGGAUGAAGAUAAAAGAAGCUAAUGCUGGUGCACUUACCAAUUUCGAAGUGUUGGACUUUCUACGAUCUAGAGGGGCUUCAAAGGAUCUGACAAGAGUUAUUGUUCCAAUAGCUCCAUCUGAAUUCAAGGUUGAAUUUUUGUACUGGUUUUCUUUUGUAUUCAUGUUCCUAUGGUAUUAGAAGUGUGAAACGGAAUCUAUUGCUCAGUUUUCUUCUUAUAUUCCCGGUUUAUGAUUAUUUGUUGGAGAGUGCUGCUUGCAAUCAAACAAAAGAACAUGUCAAUGAGUUAUUGGAAAGGUGUAAAAAUUAGAAACUUGCAAGAGCCAAGUUGCUUAAUACCAUCAAUCUGAGACCAUUUGCUUUAGUUGAAAUCGACCCGGUAAAAUUUUUCUUUUCAGUGUUUCUGUUGUAGUGAGAUAUUGCUUGAGCACCAUAAUCUUAUACGUGUUAUCCAGGGCCAUUCCUGUUUUUAUUGCUAAGGUGGCAUUGACCAGGAUACACUGUUUUUCAACUCUUAUGCUAACAGUAUGACAUCUCAUGGCAUUUCCUUGAUCGGUUCAUUUUUUCAUGCCAAAUAGUGAUGGACAUUGGAGCAUAAUAUAAUUGCUUUGCAGAAGAGAAAGAGUUUAU